UCUUACUUUCACGUCUUCAAGAGAAACUGCGUGCUUCGGGGUUAUUGUCGUCUUUUGUCACGUUUCUUUCCAUUUUUUUUCUGGUCCAGUUAAGUAUAGGAUUGUCUAGAGAGAUCGUUUCAUUCAUUUGAAGAGCUGAAGACCGGUUUCACUUAACUUAUUUAAAACUAAACAGACAAGGCACUCUCUCAAAAUGAUGACGGCCAGAGAACGAUGGCGAGUUUUCAAGCGCAUCAGCAUCAUGUUCUUCCUGGCUGCCGUCAUGCUUACUGUUUUCCACAGAGGAGACAUCAUGUCGAUGCAAGACUUCCAGAGCGACAGAAUCGAGAGACAGGUGCGGAUGGAGCUCAUGGCGGAAGUCGACAAGAAAGACUUGAUUCGCAUCAACUUCUGGAAGAGCGUUCAAAGAGUGGAGGCCACCACAGAAGGAGCGAGGUUGACCCAAAAGCAAAUCCCCACCACGUGGGACGUCACCAGCUCCAACUGCAGCGUCAACCUCAACUUCUCUUCCUUGGAGUGGUUCACGGGUCUGGAAGACAACUUCAAGCAGUUCCUGCUCUACAGGCACUGCAGGUACUUCCCCAUCCUCAUGAAUCACCCAGAGAAGUGCGCCGGAGACGUAGACUUAUUGAUGGUCAUCAAGUCGGUAAUAACACAGUACGAUCGACGGGAGGUCAUCCGGCAAACCUGGGGCAAAGAACAAGUGAUCAACGGGAAAAGAAUCAAGACGCUUUUCCUUCUCGGAACGUCUUCCAAUGAGGCAGAACGGGCCAAUCAUCAGAAGCUUCUGGAAUAUGAGGAUUACAUCUACGGAGACAUCCUGCAAUGGGACUUCAUGGACAGCUUCUUCAACCUCACCCUCAAAGAGAUCCACUUCCUCAAAUGGUUCUCCAUCUACUGCGGAAACACCCGCUACAUCUUCAAAGGCGACGACGACGUGUUCGUCAGCGUUCCCAACAUCUUGGAGUAUCUGGAAGACAGCAGAGACUUGAAGGACCUCUUCGUCGGCGACGUUCUCUUCAAAGCCAAGCCCAUUCGCAAAAAGCAGAACAAGUAUUACAUCCCGCAAGCCUUGUAUAAUAAGACGCUCUACCCGCCGUACGCUGGCGGAGGCGGUUUCCUGAUGGACGGACCGCUGGCUCGGAAACUCUACGGGGCUUGCGAAACUCUGGAGCUCUAUCCCAUCGACGAUGUGUUUCUUGGGAUGUGUCUGGAGGUGCUUAAGGUGACCCCAAUAAGGCACAACGCUUUCAAAACCUUCGGGUUGGUGAAGAAUAAGACCAGUCGACUCAACAGGGAGCCGUGCUUCUUUAAGAGCAUGCUAGUGGUGCACAAACUGCUCCCGCCGGAUUUGAUAGACAUGUGGAAACUGGUCAACAGCGACUUGAUCUGUUCGCAGAAAAUGGACUUCUUGUAGUCGUCCCAGACUUUCUGAAUCUGAAACAGGUCAGAAUUGGUUCAGAAACCCAAACGAAGGCUGAGAACUUUGAGAACUUGCUCGAAGAGAAUACGUUCUCCUUUUUUGAGGAGAUUCCUGGACAAUAUUUUAACUUAAUUUAUGUACGACAAAUGAUGCGACUAAUAUGUAGAUGGUUCGUUUUUUCGCUAGCUUUUUUUUGAACAUCAAGAAGACAAAAAAAAAUCAUCAUGUUAUUCCAUUAGUUUCUUCUGUGAAAGUAUUUUUUAUUUUUCGGUCUGUGCAGUGAAAGUCAAAGUGGUCUUGUUUUGUUGUAUAGACAUAAAAAAACUAAAAAGUUCGCAAAAGACAAUUAUGGCAGAAUUGUAAUUUUUGAGUGAGCUAUGACUUUGUGUCACAAGACUGUCCCACACAGAAGGAAACGAGUCUCUACCUCACCGUUUUUGUUUUAGUCUGCCCCUUUGUGGACGGAUGUAGCCUUAACAGGUUUUCAAAGUAGAUUCGUUAAACAAGACCAUGUUAUUUCUGCUGCAAUGAUGUACAUUUCUCAAAUUACAGUAUGUAUUUGAAUGAUAGCAGCUUGUAGAGUUGUUUCAUCUCUUAAGAGCUUUUAUUUAUUAUUAUUAUUUGCCCAUAGACUUGAGAUACAUUUGGUAGAGGGUUUACUUUAAAACUGUGAAACAGCACAUUGUCUGGUACGUGUAAAUGUUGAAUUAAUUUAUGAAACAGCUCCUGGGAUCAGAGGAGGCGGAGUCUGGUGUAGGAUAUUUAAUUGUACUUGAAUGUUACGCAAAAACACGGACAUUUGUGAUCCAAGCUGCACGGUCUGAAUGUGUAAAAAAUGAACUGGAAUGAACAAACGAAGGCGAGAAUGGAUUAGUGUUUGUAAAUAAACGUUUCUUCCAAAA